AUUUGCGCUUGCUCUCUCUCUCUACCGUUAUGUGCCUCAGUCUGAAUUCAGCACUGAACAGUGAACACCGAGAAAUCUUUUAAAAACACCCGAGGUUGCGAAAAAACAAACAAAUAACAUUGGCCUUGUUUGGAGCUGACAUUCACCGACAUGAACAAGAUGGGCUGUAAGGUGCUGUGUCCCAGUGUUGCUCUCCUUGCUUAUCUUAUGAUCUGUGAACAUGUCCGAGCGGAAUGUACACCGCCUUCUUUUGCAUCAAGAAAUGUCGUUUUAACAGCAAACCAUCUCUCGACUCAAAGUUUCUCAGAUGGAUCCACUGUAACAUUUGAGUGCGUGAUUGGACACAAGCCAGUUAACUUAAAAGCAUCUAGAUCGGUUACCUGUGAGCAAAACCAGUGGACAAGUCUGGAACUCAGUUGCACAAGAAAAUCCUGUGGAAGUCUUGCAGAUUUCCUUAAUGGGAGAUAUGAUAUGACUGGGAAUUUAUUUGGCGACACGGCUAAACCAGUUUGUCACACAGGAUACAUGUUAGCGGGUAAGGAAACAACAAGAACAUGCCGAGAUCAGGGAUGGGAUGGCCGAGAUCCUCUCUGUGAACCGGUGAAAUGUUCAGCACCUCCAGCCUUAGAAAAUGGGCAACUUCAAGAUGAGCCUUUGGAUAGUUACGAUUAUUUAGAUGCAGUCUCCUAUAGAUGUAACACAGGACUUAAUCUUAUAGGACAAUCAACACUUCAUUGUUCUGAGGAUGGAACCUUUAAACCAGAUCCUCCGAAAUGUGUUGAUGGGUGUCUAACGCCUACAAUUCCUAAUGCAAAAAGAAUUGGUGGAAAAUCACCCCCCUACAAACUGGGCAACUUUAUAGAAUACAAAUGUGAAGAUGGAUAUACACUGAAAGGAGAUGCUUAUAUUGUGUGUAAAGCAAAUGGAUGGAGCCCUGAACCACCGCAAUGCAUUGCGGAAUGUACACCGCCUUCUUUUGCAUCAAGAAAUGUCGUUUUAACAGCAAACCAUCUCUCGACUCAAAGUUUCUCAGAUGGAUCCACUGUAACAUUUGAGUGCGUGAUUGGACACAAGCCAGUUAACUUAAAAGCAUCUAGAUCGGUUACCUGUGAGCAAAACCAGUGGACAAGUCUGGAACUCAGUUGCACAAGAAAAUCCUGUGGAAGUCUUGCAGAUUUCCUUAAUGGGAGAUAUGAUAUGACUGGGAAUUUAUUUGGCGACACGGCUAAACCAGUUUGUCACACAGGAUACAUGUUAGCGGGUAAGGAAACAACAAGAACAUGCCGAGAUCAGGGAUGGGAUGGCCGAGAUCCUCUCUGUGAAUCGGUGAAAUGUUCAGCACCUCCAGCCUUAGAAAAUGGGCAACUUCAAGAUGAGCCUUUGGAUAGUUACGAUUAUUUAGAUGCAGUCUCCUAUAGAUGUAACACAGGACUUAAUCUUAUAGGACAAUCAACACUUCAUUGUUCUGAGGAUGGAACCUUUAAACCAGAUCCUCCGAAAUGUGUUGAUGGGUGUCUAACGCCUACAAUUCCUAAUGCAAAAAGAAUUGGUGGAAAAUCACCCCCCUACAAACUGGGUAACUUUAUAGAAUACAAAUGUGAAGAUGGCUAUACACUGAACGGAGAUGCUUCUAUUGUGUGUAAAGCAAAUGGAUGGAGCCCUGAACCACCACAAUGCAUUAAAGCAACCCUACCUACAACUCCUGAGAUUUCCACACCAUCCAAGGCUCCUAAAGAGAAAGGAGACACAACGCCUACAAGUACAAGUACAAGUACACCAGCUCCAUGGGUUGUUGCACUGAUUGUGCUUGUUUUGAUUGGUCUGGGUGUGGUUGGAGUGCUGUGUUACCAAAGGAAUCGGUGUUCAUGAAGUUGCCAUGGAGAAAGUCUGUGAAGCAUCUUGCAAGUAUAUAUCAUUUAAAUAAGCACUUCCCAGAAUUGUCAAAGGCUGACUAAUUUCUGGCAGCAAAUUCCUCCAUAAUUAGACCCACUUUUGCUUUGAAAAGUCCAGCUUAAUUUGAACAAACUCCUUUCUAGCAGUCGCUAACUUCACCCCAUGCUGUGCUCUGAAAAAAAUCUGUCUUCACAUAAGUCACAUGUCACUUUUAUAAAGUGUUUGCUUGUCAUUUUUAACUUAAUUUUCAACACUGUUGAUGCAGUGAUCACUCUUCUGUUAAUGAUGUAGCUGAGAAUGUCUGAAGAUUCACACCAAAAGAAGUGCACCGACUGUCCCAUACCUCACUGAAUAGGUUGAGAGCUAAAUUUAGCAUGAAUAUUUAUGUAGAAAGUCUGAUUAAAAUUGAUUUAAAAUGAAAGAGAUUCAUGUUUGAAUUCGUAACUAUUCCAUAGUAUUUGUGAAGUCAAUAAGGCUUAAGGCGUAGUUUAAAUUUUGCCUAUUACUUUUCAUUUGGAUAAAACAGGUUGUAUAUAUUAACCUUCCAGUAAAUAUUUUGCAGAAUGUGGUUUGCAGUGCAUAUUUUAAAUGAAAAGUUUUGUCUAAUCCUGUUGAAGUACUUAAAGUGCCUUUUCAUUCUCCUGGGGUUUUUGUUCAGGUUUGUCUUACACUGUGCGUAGAGCAGAAUUUGUUUAGGUUCUAAUUACAUUAGAAAUGCUUUGCUAUUGAUUACACACUUAGAUCUAAUGAAGAAAAAGAAAAGAGAAGUCAGUACUUUUCUUUCCUGUGAUUGUAGACAUUUUAUUUGUAAAGGUUUGUUUUAAAAUGCUGUAAUUUAUCUAGUUUGCUCUUGCCAAAUUGCAGUCAUGUAAAAUUAUCUGUGGUUUAGUUCAGCUAAUAUUUUCAACCAUUUCUGUUCAAUUUGUCAAGUAAUUCAAUUUUAACGGCAAAAUAUUUUCCCAAAUAAGUGUGUUUUUUUUUGUGUUGAAUUUGAUUGCUUAACUGUUUUUUCAGCUUGCUAUUUCAAAUAUAUAUCAUACUGUUUUAUUGUAGCAAUUAGCUGUUGUUUGGAAUAAUGGUUUGGAACCACUACUUUGACUCUUGACGGUGCAAACGCUGAAAUUCAACAAAGUUGAUCUUCUAUAAAUCCACCUCUUGCAAUUGUGUAUUUCACUGAGAUCUGUAGGUGCCUGGAUGGUCUCAAAAUAAAAGCUCCAUGGUCAAAACAUAA